UCAAACAUGAAUCAGAAUCACACUUGUUAUAGUCAUAGUAGUAGUUUUCUUUUUUUCUUUUUCAAUAUAUACAUUUUUGCAGCUUCUCCAGGGACGAACCAUGGUGGUUCAUUCUUCUCCCCUCUCUUUUCAAGUACUGUUUCUUGUUCUCACGAUUUUGCUGCAGAUAGAAUCUCAUCAGAUUGAAGAUGUUGCUGCAAAAGUUGAACACCUUCCUGGUUUUGAUGGCCCACUCCCCUUUCACCUUGAAACUGGGUACGUGGGAUUGGGGGACACAGAUGAUGACUUGCAAGUAUUUUACUAUUUUAUCAAGUCAGAAAAUGAUCCUAAAAAUGAUCCUCUUAUGCUAUGGCUAACUGGUGGUCCUGGUUGUUCUUCAUUUUCUGGCCUUGUCUACCAAAUUGGUCCGAUAAAAUUUAAAAUUGAGGAAUACAAUGGGAGCUUACCUAAUUUGGUCUUGAGGCCACAGUCAUGGACAAAGGUCUCUAGCAUUAUUUUUGCUGAUUUGCCAUUUGGAACAGGCUUCUCUUAUGCCAAGAAUGUCACCGCACAUCGCAGUCAUUCGAAAUUAAUUAACCAUACCCAUCAAUUUAUUAGGAAGUGGCUUCUGGAACACCCGGAAUUUCUUUCAAAAAAAUUUUACAUGGGAGCUGAUUCAUAUUCCGGUAUUCCUGCCCCGGGUGUUGUUCAAGAAAUUUUAAAUGGAAAUGAUCAAGGUCUUCAACCCUGGAUAAAUCUCCAGGGUUAUCUAUUAGGAAACCCGAUUACCACUGGAAAAGAGUCAAAUGAUAAGAUGCAAUAUACUCAUGGAAUGGCACUUAUUUCCGAUGAACUCUAUUUGUCUUUGCAGAGAAAUUGUAAAGGGGAGUAUAUUGAUAUAGAUGCCAAAAAUGAAUUGUGUUUAAGAGACAUGCAAUACUAUCAAGAGUGCCUUUCGGGGAUUAAUCCAUCGUACAUUUUGGGUGAAGAUUGCAAAGUUGAUUUUCUUAUGGAUGAUGAAGGGACACAGGGGAGACUUUUGACUCAGAAGUUGGAGGGUCCUCUUAGUUCAUAUCUAACUGUGCCAACAGUGAUCUGCCAAAAUUAUUUUCUUACCACCCAAUGGGCCAACUCCCAGAGUGUUCGCAAGGCAUUGCAUGUGAGAGAGGAAAUAGGAAAAUGGAAACGGUGUUACACUACUGAUUUUGACUUCGACAUCACUAGCAGCUUCGAAUUUCAUGUAAAUCUCAGUACAAAAGGCUACCGUUCCUUGAUAUUCAGCGGCGAUCACGACUUAGUUGUUCCUUUCUUGUCGACUCAAGCAUGGAUAAGAGCUCUAAACUACUCCAUUCUCGAUGAUUGGAGGCCAUGGCUUGUAAAUGGCCAAGUUGCAGGGUUUACAAGGACUUACUCAAAUCAAAUGACGUUUGCAACUGUGAAGGGUGGAGGGCAUACAGCUGCUGAGUACAAACCAGAUGAAUGUUUAGCCAUGUUCUCUAGGUGGCUCUCUAAUGCCCCUUUAUGACUUUAAUAACUAAAAUGUUACAAAACUAGUUACACAUGAGAUGAUGCUCAUUCAUCUAUGACUACUUGUAAAAUAUCAAAUAAUAUAAUGUAACUAUUCUGUGUACUAAGUGUUCAACUA